AUGGCCCCACCUCCUCUCUCUCUACCACCACCUCUCUCUGUUCCACCACCUCUCUCUGUUCCACCACCUCUCUCUGUUCCACCACCUCUCUCUGUUCCACCACCUCUCUCUGUUCCACCACCUCUCUCUGUUCCACCACCUCUCUCUGUUCCACCACCUCUCUCUGUUCCACCUCCUCUCUCUGUUCCACCUCCUCUCUCUGUUCCACCUCCUCUCUCUGUUCCACCUCCUCUCUCUGUUCCACCUCCUCUCUCUGUUCCACCUCCUCUCUCUGUUCCACCACCUCUCUCUGUUCCACCACCUCUCUCUGUUCCACCACCUCUCUCUGUUCCACCUCCUCUCUCUGUUCCACCUCCUCUCUCUGUUCCACCUCCUCUCUCUGUUCCACCUCCUCUCUCUGUUCCACCUCCUCUCUCUGUUCCACCUCCUCUCUCUGUUCCACCUCCUCUCUCUGUUCCACCUCCUCUCUCUGUUCCACCUCCUCUCUCUGUUCCACCUCCUCUCUCUGUUCCACCACCUCUCUCUGUUCCACCACCUCUCUCUGUUCCACCACCUCUCUCUGUUCCACCACCUCUCUCUGUUCCACCACCUCUCUCUGUUCCACCACCUCUCUCUGUUCCACCACCUCUCUCUGUUCCACCUCCUCUCUCUGUUCCACCUCCUCUCUCUGUUCCACCUCCUCUCUCUGUUCCACCUCCUCUCUCUGUUCCACCUCCUCUCUCUGUUCCACCACCUCUCUCUGUUCCACCACCUCUCUCUGUUCCACCACCUCUCUCUGUUCCACCUCCUCUCUCUGUUCCACCUCCUCUCUCUGUUCCACCUCCUCUCUCUGUUCCACCUCCUCUCUCUGUUCCACCUCCUCUCUCUGUUCCACCUCCUCUCUCUGUUCCACCUCCUCUCUCUGUUCCACCUCCUCUCUCUGUUCCACCUCCUCUCUCUGUUCCACCUCCUCUCUCUGUUCCACCUCCUCUCUCUGUUCCACCACCUCUCUCUGUGUGCCACGACCCCUCUCUCUGA